AUGUCGGCACGUACGAACCGUCGCAACCGCAAGAACAAGAACGCCGGUGAUGACGAUGACAACGCCCGUGUCAAGUACAAGUGGGUGCAUGAUGACGUCGAUGGCUUCUCGCUUGGCGAGGUGGUCGAGGAUUCGGGCGACACGGUGAAGCUCCGUGUGCGCGGCGAGGAGGUGACGCUACCGGCGAGCGAGUUGUCGGCGGUGAACCCGCCGCGGUUCGACAAGGUUGACGACAUGUCGUCGCUGACGCACCUGUCGGACGCCACGGUGCUGCACAACCUCAAGGAGCGGUACUUUGCCAACAUGAUCUACACGUACUCGGGCCUCUUUUGCGUGGUCAUCAACCCGUACAAGAUCCUGCCCAUCUACACGCAGGAGGUUGUCGACCGGUACAAGGGCAAGCGCCGGGCCGAGAUCGAGCCGCACGUCUUCACCGUCGCCGACGAGGCGUACCGGUCAAUGAUGGAGGAGCGGCAGAACCAGUCGAUGCUCAUUACCGGUGAGUCUGGCGCCGGUAAGACGGUGAACACCAAGAAGGUGAUCCAGUACUUGGCGGCCAUUGCCGGGCGCAUGUCGUCGGACGGCAAGCGUGGCGAGCUCGAGGAGCAGCUCAUCCAGGCCAACCCGAUUCUGGAGUCGUUUGGUAACGCCAAGACGAUCCGUAACGACAACUCGUCGCGGUUUGGCAAGUUCAUCGAGAUUCAGUUCACCUCGACCGGGCUCAUUGCUGGAGGCGUCAUCGACGUCUACCUGCUCGAGAAGUCGCGCAUCGUGUACCAGGCCGACAACGAGCGCAACUUCCACAUCUUCUACCACCUGCUCAAGGGAGCGCCGCAGGCCAUCCGUGAUGAGCUCCAGCUGACCCGCUGCGAGGACUACCGCUGGCUGCGCGAGGGCACGUACGAUGUGCGCGGUAUGGACGACACCGAGGGAUACGAGGAGGUCGCCGAGGCGUGGGAGACCAUGGGCGUGCCUAUGGAGGAGGUCAUGGUCACUUACCGGUGCGCCGCCGCCAUCCUGCACCUCGGUAACGCGACUUUUACCCAGUCGCGCCGGUCCGAGGAUGCGCAGGCCGACGACACCUGCCGCGCCGCGCUCGCCGCGGCGGAGCAGCUCCUCGGCCUCGCUGAGGGCUCGCUCGCCAAGGCUAUCCUCAAGCCGCGGCUCAAGGCCGGUGGCGAGUGGGUUAACAAGUCGCGCUCGGCCGCCCAGGCCAAGUACGUUGUCGAGGCCCUUGCCAAGUCGCUUUACGACCGGCUCUUCCGCUACAUUGUCGCCCGCAUCAACGUCUCGCUCCAGAACAAGGAGACCCGCGACCUGUUCAUCGGCGUCCUCGACAUUUCUGGGUUCGAGAUCUUUGAGGUCAACUCUUUCGAGCAGCUCUGCAUCAACUACACGAACGAGAAGCUCCAGCAGUUCUUCAACAACCACAUGUUCAAGCUAGAGCAGGAGGAGUACAUGCGCGAGCAGAUCGAGUGGGACAUGAUCGACUUUGGUCUCGACCUCGAGCCCACCAUUGCGCUCAUCGAGCAGACGACCAACCCGUUCGGCAUUCUCUCUAUCCUUGACGAGCAGUGCUCGUUCCCCAAGGCGAGCGACGAGACCUUUGUCGACAAGCUCGCCGAGCUCCAUGCCGACAAGCAUCCCAAGUUUGAGCUGCCCAAGUUCUCCAAGACCAAGUUCACCAUCAAGCACUACGCCGGCAACGUCGAGUACGAUGUCGAGGACUGGCUCGAGAAGAACCGCGACAAGCUUGACGAUCCCAUUGCUGUUGUCAUGCAGGACUCGACCGACAACUCGAUCUCGGCCCUCUUUGACGACCUCAACCCGCCGCGCGAGGGCGUGGCCCUCAAGGCUGGCCGCGGCUCCAAGAAGGUCUCGCGGCCGUACAUCUCACAGGCACACAAGACUCAGCUGUUCUCGCUCAUGUCCACCCUCCGCUCCACCACGCCGCACUUUAUCCGCUGCAUCAAGCCAAAUGAGGAGAAGCGUCCCGGCCACAUCGACGCCCACAUGGUGCUCGACCAGCUGCGGUGCAACGGUGUGCUCGAGGGCAUCCGCAUUUGUCGCAAGGGCUUCCCCAACCGGCUGCAGUUCUCCGAGUUCCGCGACCGCUACAAGAUCCUCGCUCCAGGCAAGGUCCCCGACUCGAUGAUGGACUCGAAGAAGGCGUGCACCAUCAUUGUCGAGCACGUCGGCAUCGACGCCUCGCAGUACCGUGUCGGUGUCUCCAAGAUCUUCUUCAAGGCCGGUCGCCUUGCCGAGCUUGAGGAGCUUCGCGACGACAUUCUCUCGCGCAUGCUCACCAAGCUGCAGGCCGUCAUCCGAGGCCAUCUUGCCCGCACCCAGUACUCGGUCAUGGUCGAGAACUCGCGUGCUGUGGAGAUUCUGCAGCGCUCCAUCAAGAUGUACCAGAAGCUCCGCCACUGGGGCUGGUGGGAGCUCUUUGCCAAGAUGCGCCCCAUGCUCAAGCACGAGGACAUCGAGGCCGAGAUGCGCAAGAAAGACGAGGAGAUUGCUUCCCGCGAGGCUCGCCUUGCCGAGAUGGAGGCUGCCCGCAAGGCGGAGGAGGAGCGCGCUGCCAACAUGGCCAAGGACGUCGAGGCCAUGAAGGCCAAGGUCCAGGAGGCCGAAGCUGCUGCUGCCGCCGAGAAGGCCCGCCUUGCCGCCGAGCGCGCCGAGGCCGAGGCUGCCGCCGCCGCCGAGCGCCAGCGCAUCCUCGACGAGCAGGAGGCUGAGCGUCGCCGCAUCGAGCGUGAGCUCGAGGACGCCAAGGGCCGCUCCAAGGAAGAGGCCAAGCGCCUCCGCGAGAAGCUCGAGAAGGAGCGCGAGGAGCUUGAGCGCCGUGCCGAGGACGAGCGGGCCCGUGCCGCCGAGGAGCUCCAGCGCGAGCAGGAGCGCAUCGCCCGCGAGAAGCGCGAGGCCAUCGAGCGCAUGGAGAAGGAGAAGGCCGACAUGGAGGCUGCUCUCGAGCGCCGCCGCGCCGAGCUCGAGGCCGAGAUGCGCAAGACCGCUCGCAAGCUCGAGAUCGAGCGCGAGGACCGCGCCUCGGAGGCCGAGAAGCGCGCCCGCGUCGAGAAGCAAAAGUCCGACCUCGAGAACCGCCUUGCCGAGCUCGAGGCCGACCUCGAGGACGAGCGCGCCCGCGUCUCGUCGCUCGAGUCGGAGAAGCGCCGUCUGCAGGGCGAGCUCUCGUCGACCUCGUCGCGCCUGGCCACCGAGGAGUCGGAGCGCUCCUCCGCCGAGUCGCAGAUUACCUCGGCCCAGGCCCAGCUUAACCAGCUCUCCGCCGAGCUGGCUGACAAGAAGGCUGCUCUUGAGCGCGCCACCUCGCAGGCCUCGUCGCUCUCGCGCGAGCGCGACUCGCUCGAGGACGAGCUUGAGGAGAUGGAGCGCGCCAAGGCCAACGCCGAGCGCUCGGCCAAGAACACCAGCAAGGAGCUCGCCGACCUCCGCAUCGCACUCGAUGACGCCGAGCGCCGUGCCGAGGAGGCCUCGCGCAAUGCCCGUCGCGCCGAGUCCAAGGCCAAGGCGGCCGCCGCGGCUGCUGCCGAAUCGUCGGGCCGCGGCUCGACCUCGGACGCCGAGGUUGAGCAGCUCAACGCCAUGAUCCGCUCACUCCGCGAGCAGGUCGCCACGCUCGAGGGCAAGCUUGGCUCUGAGUCUCGUCUCCGCAAGAACCUCUCCCGCAACGUGGACGAGCUGCAGGACGACCUCGAGGCUGCCGAGACUGCCAAGGCCGACGCCGAGCGCCGCGCCAAGCGCCUGGCUGCGGACCUGUCCGAGGCCCAGGCUGACAUUGCCGACGGCGAGACCGAGCGCGAGGACCUCCUCGCCCAGCUCGCGGCACGCACUCAGGAGGUUGAGGCAGCCCGUGCCGAGGCCAUCACGGCUGGCUCGGCCGCGUCGGCCGAGACCAUGGCCCAGAUUACCAAGCUCCAGUCGGAGCUGGCUGCCGCCGAGGACGAGGCCGAGACUGCCGCCCGCGGCAAGACUGCAGCCGACAAGUCGCUCCGCAAGCUCAAGACCGAGCUUGACGAGGCCAAGCGGACGCUCGAGGAGGAAGCCCGUGCCAAGGCCGACCUCUCGAAGAAGGUCUCCAAGUCGCAGGUCGAGAUCGCGUCUCUCAAGGAGCAGGCUGCCGAGGCCAACCGGUCGGCCACGACUGCCAAGACCUCGCUUUCGUCGGUCCAGGAGCAGCUCGUCAAGGCCCGUAACGAGGCCGAGGCUGCCGCGCGCGCCAAGUCGUCGGCCGAGAAGAAGCUCCGCGCUGUUACCAUCGAGCUCGAUGACCUCAAGGAGCAGCUCUCCGAGGCCGAGACGACCGCCACCGACGCCACGGUCCGCAUUCGCCUGCUCGAGACUGAGCUCCGCGACGCCCAGUUCCGCGCCGAGGAGGAAGAGGACGCCGCCGCCACGCUGCGUGCCGAGCUCGACCGGCUUCGCCGCGAGGGCGGCGGGGCCGGCUCGGCCGGCAUCGACACCGCCUCGGCCGGCAAGCUCGAGGACCUCGAGCGCGAGGUCCGCUCUCUCCAGAUUGCACUCAACAACGCCAAGGAGGACGCCGACGACGAGCGCCGCAAGCGCAUGUCGGCCGAGCGCGCUGCGCUUGCUGCCACCAACGAAGCCGAGGACUUCCGCGAGCAGCUCGACAACGCGAAGGCCACCAUCGAAGCUGUCGGCGACGGCAAGGCUGCGCUCGAGCGCCAGAUCCAGAUGCUCCGUGCCGCGCUCUCGGCCGAGCAGGCCUCGCACCUCCAGGCGCAGCUCCGGCUCUCCAAGAUGGAGCAACAGGCUGCCGAGACGUCGGGCACGCUCGCCCGCCUCGAGGCCGCCCGCGAGAACGAGCUCAAGCUCCGCCGCGAGGCCCAGGCCAAGCUCCGCGAUGCCGCCGAGGACGUCGACGACGCCAAGCGCGUGGUCGAGCAGAUCGAGCGCUCCAAGCGCCUCCUCACCGACGAGAUCACCGCCCUCAAGGACGAGCUCGUCGAUGCCGGCGAGGAUCUGCAGGCUGUCGAGGCCAAGCGCCGUGCGCUCUUUGAGGAGCUCGAGGAGCUGCGCGCCAACGCCAACGCCGGCGCCGGCGCGCAGACGCUUUCGCUUCAGGAGGAGAAGCGCUCGCUGCAGAGCCAGCUCGACGAGGCCAAGCUUGCUGCGGCCGAGGCCAACAAGCAGGUCGCUGCCGCCACUAAGACCAACAAGAAGUUCACCGCCGAUCUCAAGGCUGUCAACGCCCGCCUCAAGGAGGAGUCGGCCAAGCUCCGUGCCGCCGAGAAGACCAAGAAGCAACUCAAGCGCGACCUCGCCAAGGCUGUCUCGGACUGCGCCACCGCCCGGAAGGAGAAGGGCACCGCCGAGCGUAACGCCGCGGCGGCCACGACACAGCUCGACGACUACAAGGCCCGCUUUGAGGUGCUCAACAAGGCCAAGACGACGCUCGAGAAGUCCAAGACGGCACUGGAGAACCAGCUCGACGACCUGCGUGACGCGCUCGAGGUUGAGAAGCGUCACAAGACGCAGCAGAUCGAGAAGCGUCGCGAGUACGAGACCGAGCUGCAUGCUGUCCGCCAGCAAGCCGAGACCGCGUCGGCCGCCGGCUCGGGUGCCUCGGGCGAGGCCAUUGACGAGCUCAAGCGCCAACACAUUCUCGAGAUGGCCGACGUCAAGAAGUCGAUGGCAGCUGACUUUGCCGUGCAGAUCGAGACCCUCGAGUCGGCCAAGCGCUCGCUCCGCGCCAAGAACGAGAAGCUCAAGCAGCUGGUCGAGGACCUUGAGCGCGAGAACUCGUCGAUGGAGAAGCAGAUGCAGCGCGCGGUGCGCGAGGCCGAGGAGGCGACGUCCAAGCUUGACGACGAGAUCAAGAGCCGCAUGGAGUUUGAGAAGGCAAACCGGGCCCUGACUCAGGAGAACAAGAGCCUCAAGCACAAGCACGAGGUUGCAGAGACCCACCGCAACGCGCUGGUCGAAGAGAAGGCCUCUGUCACGGUUGCCCACCAGGAGGCCUCGUCGCGUGCCGACGACGCCGCCCGCAACGCCAUGCUCGCCGAGCAAAAGCACAAGCAGCUAGUCGCCGAGCACGACGCGCUCCAGGACGAGCUCGACGACGUGACCACGGCGCUCCGCGAGGAGGAGGAGAAGGCCGCGCUCAUGACCGCCGAGCUCGAGGAUCUCCGCGACCAGCUGGCCGAGGAGGAGGCUGCCCGCAACGAGUGGGAGUCGUCCAAGAUCGACCUCGAGGAUGAGGUCUCGGCGCUCCGCGAGCAGAUCGAGACCGAGGCCGCCGAGCGGACCGAGGCCAUGGAGGAGUCGCGCAAUGCGUUGCUCAAGGACGUGCGCGAGCUCUCGGAGCGCUGCGAGGCCGAGGAGAAGCAGAAGCUCGAGCUCGAGAAGGCCAACCGCCGGCUCGAGAACGCCGCCGAGGACCUUCGCGACGAGAUCAACGCGCUCAAGCGUGCCAACCUUGACGCCGAGAAGAACGUCGCCCGCAUCUCGUCCGAGCUUACGGCCGCGUCGGAGAAGCUCAAGGAGGAGACCUCGCUCCGCGCCGAGUUUGAGCUCUCGUCCAAGCGCUUCGAGAUGCAGCUCAAGGAGGCAACCGAGCAGCUCGCCGACGAGACCCGCGCCCUGGAGAAUGCCCGCGCUAAGAGCAAGACCCAGGACGAGCGGCUGCAGAACGCCCUGCUCGAGCUCGAUGAGGAGCGUGCCGCCGUCGCCUCGCUUCACUCGGCCACCCGCGAGCUCGAGUCGGAGCUCGAGGACGUCCGCGACAAGCUCGAGGAGACUGAGACCGAGAACCGCAUCCUGGAGGAUGCUGUCUUCAAGCUCAACAAGCAGAUUGACGACAUGCACCAGGAGCUGACCAAGACCGAUGCCACCAACAUCAAGCUCGAGAAGGCUAACCUCGCCUACGAGCGCGACCUCAAGGAUCUGCAGCAGCGCCUCUCAACCUCGGACGGCCGCUCGCGCACUUCGGUCGAGCGUAUCAAGGCUCGCCUCGAGUCCAAGGUCGCCGACCUCAACAAGCGCCUUGCCGCCGAGACCAAGACCAAGCUCGAGCAGCAGAAGCUCAACCGUGCCCUCAAGAAGGAGGUCCGCGAGGCCAAGGCUGCCGCCAAGGAGGCGUCCAAGGCCCAGGCCCGCGCAGAGUCCAAGGCCGCAAAGUCGACCGCUCGCCUCGCCUCGCUCCGCGACGAGUACGAUGAGGCCACGACCUCGCUCAACCAGGUCGAGACCGACCGGCGCAAGCUCCAGCGCGACGUCCAGUCGUGGUCCGAGCAGAAGGCCCGCCUCAACGACGAGAUCGACCGCCUCAAGGACAAGCUCUCGCUCGAGACCAAGGCCAACCUCGAGCUCCGUGCUAAGCUCACCGAGAUCGCAUAAGUCUGCUUUCGCCAGCCCACUUUCUCAUAUCAUCAAACAAGUUUCAUUUUGUC